AUGCCUCCACGAGGUGGUUCUUUUAGAGGAACUCGAGGACGUGGUGGUCGCGGCGGCCGUGGUGGUCGUGGUGGUCGUGGCCGGGGUCGUGGUGGUAGUCGAGGAGGUCGUUUUGCGACUUCGCGAUUGAACGAGUUUGAAUCGGACGGCUCUUCUAGUGGAGAUGAUUCAGGUAGCGAGCAGCCAGAAGAAGAGUUGGCCGAUGAUACCCUCAUGGAUGAUGGAUCCUCCAGCAGUGAAGACGAGGAGAGCACUGAACGCCCAUACAACGAACUUCUCCAGUUGCUUCAACCAGCAGAGUCAAGUGGACCAGCUCGAAAGAAGCGCAAGAUUGCGACCGAUUCAAAUGAGGAGAUCAAAAUGGCCGACACCGCAGAGGAGCCAGAACAGGAUGGUGACGAUGAUUUGGAAGCUCAGGUUCCAUCCGAGGACGAAGAGGAGGAUGUGGAUGAUGACGAAGACCAAACUGGUCCAUUCGAAAAGCACUUCGUUCAGCCCGAGAGUGCAGCCUUGACCAAGCAGAUCGAAGCCAUUCAAUCCAACAAAUGGGCCUUCGCCAAAAAAGAAGUCGAUGGACUACGACUCGUACAAGCCGUUCCUGACACAGGUGCGGAUAGUGCUUCCUUGCUUCCACCAAUGAAGAGCACAGUAAACCUCAAGCUUAAACAAAAACUCAAGGCCCGCGCCGCGGAAGUAUUGCCUAAGAUCAAUGGCCAAGCUCAAAUCAUUGCGCCGUAUGUCUUUGAUUACCAAGAUGUUCUCUACGGAGCCCGAUCUGCUUCUAAUGCGAAGGAGACGCGCGAUAUGCUUGCUUUGCACGCGGUCAACCACCUGCUCAAAACCCGAGACCAAGUUCUGAAGAACACCGCCCGUCUAGCCAAGGACCCGGAUACCGAUAUCGAGUGCCGUGAUCAAGGCUUCACCCGGCCUAAGGUGCUCUACAUCUUGCCGACGAGACAGUCCUGUGUGAAGGUCCUUGAAGCCAUCACUCGGAUCUAUCAGCCUGAGCAACAAGAAAACAAAAAGCGAUUCACCGAUUCAUUCUCGGCACCAGAGGAUGAGGCGUGGGAACACAAGACAGAGGAUUACCGAGAGCUCUUCGGCGGCAACGACGACGACAUGUUCCGCCUAGGUCUCAAAUUCACCCGCAAGACAGUCAAGUAUUUCGCGCAAUUCUACAGCUCCGAUAUCAUCCUAGCCAGUCCAUUGGGUCUGCGCACCAUCAUGGAUCAAUCCGACGCCAAGAAGCGUGACCACGACUUUCUCUCCUCAAUCGAGCUAGUAGUAGUCGACCACGCCGACGCCCUUCUAAUGCAAAACUGGGAUCACGUCGACCACAUCUUCCAGCACCUCAACCUGCAACCAAAAGAAGCCCACGGUUGCGACUUCAGCCGCGUUCGCAACUGGUACCUGGACAACCAAGCCCGCCACGUGCGCCAGACCGUGGUGCUCUCAUCCUUCAUCACACCCGAGAUUAACGCCCUCUUCUCAAACCAUAUGCAGAACGCCUCAGGCCGCCUUAAAGUAACCCCAACCUACGCCGGCGCCAUCACCGAACUCCCCCUCCCAGUCUCCGUCAAGCAAACUUUCACCCGCAUCGACAGCCUGUCACCUAUGAAAGAUCCCGACGCCCGCUUCAAGCACUUCACAACAGCCGUCCUGUCCACCAUCGUGAAGAACAUCACCCACGGCCGCGGCAAAGGCGCAACUGGAACCCUUAUCUUCAUCCCCUCCUACCUCGACUUUGUCCGCGUGCGAAACCACUUCGCAACCUCCUCGCAGACGACGAAUGUUGCUUUCGGCGCUGUCUCCGAGUACACUGAAUCGAAGGAGGCCAAUCGUGCCCGCAGUCAUUUCCUGUCUGGUCGCCACUCGGUGUUGCUGUAUACCGAGCGUUCGCACCAUUUCCGACGCUAUCAGAUCCGUGGCGUGAAGCGUAUCAUUAUGUACGGUCUGCCUGAUAAUGCGCAGUUCUACGGUGAGAUUGUUGGGUAUCUUGGUCUUGACCCGGCGGAGUUGGUCGACGCCGCCGAGGGCGGUGUUCGUGCGCUCUUCUCCAAGUGGGAUGCAAUGAAGUUGGAACGUGUUGUUGGUACAUCUAGGACUGGGAAUAUGUUGCGUGAGAAGGGUGGAGAUACUUUUACUUUUGUAUGA